AGACCCGCUAACAGCUACAAUAUAUUGCAAAUUAAUAUAUAUUCACUCAUUUAAUUAUAUUUACAAUUAAUAACUUAAAUAGUGGAAGUAUUUAGUAUUGCAAAAUGGAUAGUUCUAUGGAUACUCUCACAGAAGUUGAUUCAUGCUUGCUUGAAAUGCUGUUAGAAACUGAGUUAACUGCGAGCAAUAUUGAAUCUAUUUUCAGUGUCAUAGUGUCUGGUAAAUAUUGUUUCAAAAAGCGCGUAUUAUUUCGUUUGAAACAGAAUAAAUUGACAAUUGGUCUUCUGUCACAAAUAACAUCUAAAAUGGAGCAAAUACUAUUUGACAGCGGAAUAUCCUUAGCAAACACUGAGACGGCAUCAUUAUUGAAAACUUUCAGUGAAAAGAGAGAAAUGCUUAUCUUUUCUGUUUUCGGGAAAUUAGUUCUUGUAACUAAAAAUGAAAUCUUAGAACUACUGGGAAUAAAUAUAAAACGAAAACUAGACGAGGGGGUGUUGAUAAAAAGGCGGAUUGACUUCGACAUAUUCAUUGCAUUGCUAAUUGUAAAGACUGCUAAUGGGGAAGAGGCUGGCAGUUAUUCUACAACAAUGCUAAAAGAUGCUCCAAAAUUGUCACCGGUUUUUCCACGUAUUCCUCACACUACGACUUUGGUUGACUUGGAAAUUAUUGUAUUUCCUUAUGACAGAAAUCAAUAUAACCGGCCAAAAUAUCCAGAAAAAUAUCUUACACAAGUUACAGAAACUAAUGCAAGACAAUCGUCAUUUGAACACUAUCCUAGACAUGCGGCCUCAGGGUCUAUUGGCAGUGGAUUUUCUGGUGUAGAACAAACAAAUGUUUACUCAGCUCCGGAUAUUUCAUACGACAGGCAGACAGCAAUCAAUAGCAAUGUAGUAACAUCAGGCCAUAGGGCCCAAAUUCAUACAAAACCUCCAAGAUAUCCUGAUUAUAUGGAACAACAAAAGAGGCAGGCAUCGUUCUCUACACCCAGAUGGUCUGUUGACAACAAACCAGAGCCCUUUCUAUUAGCAGAAUGCGGAUUUUUCUUUACAGGUAAUCAAGAUCUGGUGCGGUGCCACCAGUGUGGGAUAGGAUUGAAAGAUUGGGUACGAGAAGAUGAUGUCCUUACUGAACACGUGAAACAUUCGUCCUCGUGUGAUUUCAUCGUAAAGAAGUUUGGAAAGAAUAGAAUAGAUAGAAUAAAGCUGGCACUGACAUCUGACGACAACAAUGAAAUAGUAUCAAUUGCUUCACACAAACUACCAUAUAAAAUCCGCUCACCGAGGUAUAAGACGAGGGAAGCAAGACUGUUGUCAUUCAUAAGUUUUCCACAACACAUUCAGGUGCCUGUUCAACAACUUGCUGUAGCAGGAUUGUUUUAUACAGGAAGUGAAGAUUUGUGUCGUUGUUUCACGUGUGAUGGCGGUUUGAAAGACUGGGGUUCUGGAGAUGACCCUAUAAAAGAACAUGCCACAUACUUCCCUAAUUGUUCGUACAUUAUCAGGCUAAAAGGACCCGAGUAUAUCAAGUGUCAGCAGCAAAGUCGCCAGAGUUAUAAACCCAUGGGAACAUCAGGGGGCAACAGUGCAAUAACUCAACCAAAACUGGCUUUAUCUAAUCACUCGAUGAAUAAUUUGCCAGAAACAGAUAGUGAUUACUCCAGCUUCAAUGUAAGUGAAGUUGUUCAAAAGCUGCGAUAUUUAGAGGUAGAAGUGAAUACAGCAAAAGCUGAACAAGAAAUGAAAGAUUCAAGUUUACAUGUGAGCCAAGAUGAUUACAAUCUUGAAUAUUCAGUGGUGGAAGUGAAUACAGCCAAUGCUGAACUAGAAAUGAAAGAAAAUGAACAAUAUAAGAAACGGCUGACAAGGUGUACAAGCACGUUUGUAGAGAAAAUGUCUCCUGAGCUGCUAUUAGAUAAACUUCAUGAGAGUAGAUUUCUUACAUAUGUAGAAAAAAGAGAUAUACAGGAAACACCACUGACGUCAGAAAAAAAUAGAGCAAUACUGCGAAAGAUCAUGAUGAAAGGAAAACGCGGAUAUACAGAAUUCAAAGAUUGCCUUAGGCAAUGCAAUCAAGGGCAUCUUGCUGAUUUGUUGGAACGAGAAGAAAAUUGACUUCAGGAUGAAAAUUAAUCAAACAAGGACCAUGCGCUUGUACAUUUAUGUCUUAUGCCAUCAAAGCAAAUGCUGUGAUUUUUCGUCUUUAAAGAUUAUUUGUCUGCUUGCUUUCCAAAAGGCAAAUUUUAUUUGUCUUUAGACUAUGUAAAAUUUUGUGUUUUGCUUUCGCCUAACAUUUUUUCCACCAAAGUUGAAAGUUGUUGAUCAGAUUUGCCGCUCUAUAUUAUUAGGUUUUUUUGUUUGCGCUCCCAUGAUUAAAACUUUAAAUAUCCUAUCAAAUAUUUUUGCGCUAAGUGUAUUGACAUAACAGUGAACAAAUAAUAACAAUUCCAGUCUGGCAUCGUUUUAAAAUUGACUUUAAGGUAGGGAACACGUAAUAUCAGUCGGGAGUUUCCGUGUGAUCACGUAUUUGUAGUUCGGCGUUAUUCUGGCUUAAUGUCGCCCAACAUGCACAAUACUUUCUUUUGAAACAGGAAAUGUCGGACGUAUUGUCAGACUAACUGGGAUCACCAAAUGUUCAAACAACUGCUUAGAACAGUAUUAAUGUUAAUUAAUGUCCAUUUCAGACAUUAGAUGAGAAUUUUAUUCAACAAAAUUAAUGUAAGCUUUCAAAAGGUGCUUGUUUUUUUUUCAUUGAUUAAUGUAUUACAGUCACAAGACACUGUUUAUGUCAUUAUUAUUGUUGUCGUAUAUAACAUAUCUCAUAACAACAUUAUAACAAUAUGAUUACUUAAGACCGAUGUAAUUAUAUUUUUCAGUAACUUAGUUUUGCACUUGCAAGUCAAAACAGAAAAGCAGUGCACGUAAAGAUAACUCUAUUCAUUGUUUUUGUGAUAUUUGUUUCCAUUUGAGACUUUUUUUAAACUUAAGGUAUACGGACUUACUGGAAAUCCUAUGAACUGAUCUCUAGUCGAAAAUAGUGUAUUCGUUGUUGGACCGAAAGACGUUUCAAUGCCAGCAUACCACAGGGCUCCGUACUUGGACCUAUACUAUAUUUUGCUUUGAUAAAUGGUAUUACAGAUUCCCUGUCUAGUGUAACACUUUUAUUUGCUGACACCAGCUGAUAUAAGUUAAUUGUAAUAAUGUUAUUCAUAUAAAUUGAACAUUUAAUGCUGACUUAAACAUCCUAUUGAUAUCCUUGUUAAAUUGAAUCCGGUCAGAAAUGAAAUAUUGUUCCUACACUUGGUUGAAUUGGUCUACAUUUUGUUUGGAGAAUACUGGUUAAAUUUGUAUUGAUAGUCAUAAACAAUAAUGCGUAACAAGCAGGCGUUACAUUUAGCAAAGGUGUACAUUUUCAAAACUGACUCGUAGUACAAACAUGUGGUUUAUGAAAAUGAAUUACUAGUCAAAUUUCAGUAUUACGAGACGUGAAUAGUAACUUGUAUCAAUAGAAGGCUUCGAUAAAUGGACGAGUUUCAUAAUUCAAUAGAAAAACUAUCGUUUACAAAUAUAGCUUUGGAGAAUCACCUAAUUAUCUGUCUGGGCAUUUUUUUUGUACUUCUAAUUCAUUUUACCUUUCUCCGGUCCAUCAUGCAAUAAUUCGAAACAAACACGUGAUUAUCUCAAAUGUGUAACUAUGGAUAUAUCACUUUACAUUAUUAAAGAAAAAUGAUGCGAAAAA